AUGGCAACGCCUCAAACUCAAACCGCGGCUGUUCUUCCCUCCACCGGCGCAACGCUCACCAGCCGCCUCGAGAUCAGACAUGACCGCCCGAUUCCAGUCCCCGCACCAGGCGAACUGCUCGUCAAGCUUGAGUUCUCGGGUGUCUGCCACUCAGAUGUCCAUAGUGUGCGUGGGGAGACACCGAUGUUGACGGAUGUUGCGGGGCAUGAGGGGGUGGGCAGGGUUGUUAAGGUUGGUGAGGGUGUGGAUGAAGGGACUUGGCUGGGGACGAGGGUUGGGAUUAGGUGGCUAUACAGCUCAUGCCUGGAGUGCGAGAUCUGCGAGAGGAAUAAUACGGCAUGCCCUAAUCAGAAGAACGCCGGUGCGAAUGUACCGGGGACUUUUCAACAGUACAUUGUCAGCCCUGCUGUGCACGUAACGAAGAUUCCAUCGCAGCUCUCCCCUGAUGAGGCUGCACCGCUACUAUGCGCCGGAAUUGCCAUGUACUCGUCCAUCAUCAAAACGAAGACUCGCCCGGGAGAUUGGAUCGUUCUUCCUGGUGCCGGAGGCGGCUUGGGACACAUGGGCGUCCAGAUCGCCGUCAAGAAAGGUCUAAAUGUCAUAGCCAUUGACGGCGGCGAAAAGAAGAAACAGCUCUGCCUCUCCCUCGGAGCAACAGCCUUCCUCGACUACAAGACCGACGACGUCGAAAGCGCCGUAAAACAGCUAACUUCUGGCCUGGGAGCUCACGCCGUGAUUUGCACAGCAAAUGGCGAGGCUGCCUACGAGCAGAGUAUGCGGUUACUUCGGCGAUUGGGUGUCCUUGUCUGCGUGGGGAUACCAAAUGUGCCAUUUCGAUUGCCGGCGACGCCGUUUGAUAUGAUUGUUAAGGGUCUGACGAUUGUGGGUAACUCAGCUGGUACGGCAAGGGAGAUGGAGGAGUUGAUGGAGAUGGCUGUAGCUGGGGAGGUGAAGGCUCACAUUGAGUGUUUUGAGUUCGACCAGAUCGAUGAUGUGAUUCAACGGCUCGGGAGGUCUGAGAUUGAAGGAAGGGCUGUGAUGCGGAUUCCGGAAUGA